AUUUUUUUUUAUUAUUACGAAAAGGAGGAGAAAAAAAAAGCACGCAGUCACACAGUAAUGAACAAUCCAGCCAGGUAGAGAAAGAAGAGAUGAAAAAAAAUACUCAAAAAAGGGGGGAGCACGUUGUGGGUUGAUGGCCUCUCAGUCCUUCCCCAAAGAAAAGAGAAGUAGUAGUAGUAGUAGUAGUAGUAGUAGUCCUCCUAUCUGUCUCUGCGACUCUGCCCUUCUGUCUGUCACCUUGUUUUGGUCCUCCCACCCCAUAUUACUAUAUUCUUCUUCCCCAACACCCAUUUUCAUCAUCCAAUUCACCCCCUCCAAAUUAAACAGAUUCUCCUCAAUCACACUCCCCACCUUCUUCAGUUUUCAUUAUCUUGCUUGUGUUUUUUAAUUCCUAAUUUGACCAAUUAAUCCGGCUGACACUCUCUUACACUUUCCUUAUAUAUAUUCUUUCCUUCCCUCCUCUCCAUUUCUGGCCUUCUUCUCCUUCUUCUUCCAUCCUUUCUUCAACCUAAUAGUAUUCACACUCCCUUUCCCUCUUCAAUCAAGUACAUUCAUUGCCAAUAAGUGCGUGCAGACACUAAUCCUGUGGAAAACUAUAGAGGGCUCUGUAUAGAUUUGAUUUUGUAACGUACAUUGCAUAUAGAGACAUUCAGUAGAAGAUCGAUCUUUAGUUAAGUUCUUUGGGAAAUACAAAGAAACCAGCAGACAGCAAUGACGAUGAUGACGGGCAACAACAACAACAUAAGCAGUGGGAAUAAUGGUCACACCAUGGGAGACACAACAUUGACCAAAGUGUUUGUUGGGGGAUUAGCGUGGGAGACUCAGAAAGAAGCAAUGCGGGAUCACUUCCAGAAGUACGGUGAGAUCUUGGAGGCUGUCAUCAUCUCCGACAAAGUCACCGGCCGAUCCAAGGGUUAUGGCUUUGUGACAUUUAAGGAACCCGAGGCAGCUAAGAAAGCUUGUGAGGAUGCCACCCCAAUCAUCAAUGGCCGCCGUGCUAACUGUAAUCUGGCUUCUCUUGGCGCCCGGCGCCCCAGGUCCUCCUCCUCUAACCUCCCUCCUCCUCCACCUCCCACCACUACUAUUCAAGGUGGCAACAACAACAAUAAUAUGGUAGGAGUUGGACCAAGGGUACCAAACACAGCAGCACCUGCGAGUCACGUGCAAUGGUACUAUCCAGCUGGGGCACCUGCCCCCGCCCCUGCUGCGCCAUUUCCUCACCAUCAUCACCAGCACCAUCAAGCUAUUCCCUUCUUUGGAUACUCACCCGCCUACAUUGCAACAGACAUGACUUACAACCAUAAACUAGGCUACACAGGAGGGUCAUACAUGAAUGGACAUUUCUCACAAGUGUAUCCUGGUCAACCAAUGAUGGGGACAAAUGCAUUGAUGCCUAUGUAUCCUCUCUAUCAUUUUCAUCAAUCCCAGGCUAUGGGCCUCCCUGCUCAACUCUACUCCCCAACUACACCUGGCCCAGUUGCUUCUGCUCCUGCUUUGUUGUCCAAGCCCACCUCCUUUGCUCCCAACCCAGUGUGCCUAGCUGUGGAAUAACAGAUACGGUGGGCUGAAGUUGAAGCUCUAAACAAAAGAUCAACAAGAGAAAGUUAGAGGCAACAAUAACAUGGAAGUUGCUGGCUACUGAUCAGAACAACAGUAUUAUUUUUAUCACUCUGCAGCAGUGGUUCUUCUUCCUAAAAAUUUUUUUAGCUUAUUUUUUUUUCUUUUUAAAUAUUAGGAUCUAAUUAGAUUCAUUCAUUCCAUUCUCUCCUCUAACAUGUAUCAAUGUGUACUACGAUCUCACUUGAGAACCCAACCAAAAAAGAAAAGAAAAAAUGUUGUAACCAAAAUUUUAUGUAAUUUUUCUCUCAUAUCUUAUGAGAAAACUUGUCAUAUUGGUCCUCCAUCAAACGUAAAUUCAAAUCUUCACAUACUAAAUGAAGGAUGUUAAUGUUCAAAUAAAAAAGACAAACGGAAGCACUUUAC